AUGAUCCACUGUGAUUUUUCUCAUUCCUCCUCGACUGAUAAAUAUAUCAUUGGGGGUACCCUUCGAAGGGUACCCAUUGAAUUGCUGUUUUCUACUUUUUCGGUUCUUUAUUUUGUGAGCACAGGGCAGUUGCAUGGGUUUGUUGCCCGCUUCCUGCAAUUGCCUGGACUUCUUCUGAAGUCCCAGUUCUCGGUUUGUUCUUCGCCAUUGCUUGAGAGUGUACACAUCACAUUUACGCAGCGUCCACUUGUCGGAACUCAUCGUCCAAGAUUGUCUCAUCUCUUUCUCCGGACCCUGGUACUUGCAGAAACUCCAAGCAAUCCAAUGGACUCCGAAAGAGCACUAGGUUUCAUCCAAAGCGCAUCGUUUUCCCUACUAACUUCACGAGGGGCUCACCUUCGAACGCGAUGCGUGCAGCGGCAAGCGCGGAAUUCCACAGGAAGAUGCGUUAGGCCCCGUUUUGUCGCAGUAACAAACAACCCAUCUAAGCCUGUCGAAUCACAAACUCGUCAAUCCUCCGCCCUGCUCCUUGUCGAUCAUGGCUCGAAGAGAGCCUCUGCGAACGAGAUGCUAUCAAGAGUCGCUGAUAUGAUUCGAGAGAAGAGUGACAUCCCUGUUUACACUGCUCACAUGGAGAUUGCCUCCCCGACGAUUGCUGACGGAAUGGAACAAUGCGUGCAAAAUGGGGCAGAGCAUGUCAUUGUAGUACCAUUCUUCCUCUCCCCAGGAAGACAUGCGACCACAGACGUGCCAAAUCUGGCAGCGGAAGCAGCUGCCCAAAACCGUAACGUGUCUUUCGAAGUACGAUCGCCGAUUGGAACUCACCCAGGCAUUGUGGAUGUUAUCCUGGACCGUGCUGGUUUACUUUGA